AUGUUUGACGUGGUACGUGGCGUGCCCCCGGGUGGAACGUACCCGGCCGCGCCCGCCAGGGACGUCGCUCCUCCGGAGUCGGCGUGGGAGAGAGGACUGCGCACUGCUAAGGAGAUGCUUAGGAUAGCAAAUAAACGGAAGGAACAAGACAUGGACUUUGAAGAAAAGAAGCUGCACUUAUCUGUGGGUGGAGUUGUGCAUGACCCGGACGCCGAGCUCGCGUACGCUGCGGCCGCAGUGGGGGCUUCGCCGCCCAGACAUCAUGAGGGCGCUGCGCCUCCACAUUAUAGGGAUCCAGAGGCAUUUAGAGCAGGGCCAUACGGUCCAAUGUACCGUGGUCGGUUCCCGCGACCGCAAAUGGACGAGCGAGAACGCUUUUACGAACGUGAACAUAUGUAUGAGCGGGAAAGAGCCGGAUACGACAGAGUCCCACAUUAUGAUGAACGACUUGCCAUGACAGAAGAAGGAGCUUACCAUAAGCGUCGAGUACGACCCUCUAGAGAAGUCAUAGUCCAACGUGCAGAAGUAGAACGUCGUGAAGGUCGUGAUAUGCGUGAAGGACGUGACGGACGUGAUGUGCGCCGCGGGGACGGACGGAACGAGGACUGGGCCGACCCUUGGAUGCGUGCUGAACCAGCCGCCAGGAGACGGAAACCACCAUCUUCUGAUGACUCAUAUUCAUCGUCCAGCUCUUCAAAUUCCAGCUCCAGAAGUUCGAGGUCUCCUAGUGCGCGCCGCAAGAGAAGGGCGUCUUCUUCUUCGAGGCAAAGGUUGUCUCCAUCAGUAAUAGUCCGCGAGCGUCGCUUGGCGACGGCGCGUGCGACAGCAAUGAAUCCUCCAGCGCCGCGACGCCGCGCGCCGUCCCCGGCCGCCGCCAGGCAACUUUCCGCCAACCCGCCGCCCCCAGCAUCGCAUGCGUUACAUCGACAUAAAGAUGAAAUGGAUCCCUACGGACGCAAUAAAAUAUCAAGUCGCAACAGGGAUAGGAAGAAAUAUUCGCGAUCAUCGUCUUCCGGUUCUGAAUCAUCGUCAUCUUCAAGUGAAUCUGAGAGCGAGUCACAUUCGUCAUCAUCAUCAGGCAGUUCCGGUGCUCGUCGUGCUCGUCACGCUCGUCUGCUCAAUGCAGCUGCCAGACCCAGGUUAAAUGCCAAGACGGGAGCUGGAUUAGCUGCAGCAGUGACCACUGUUACUAGCAAGAAAGAAGUUCCAAGUGAUAAAGAGUCCGGCGGAGGCAAGAAACGUGGGGCGACAUCACCUGUAAAUUCGGGACCUGCAAAGAAAUCGGUAUCGAGACGAGAGGAGCUGUUAAAGCAAUUGAAAGCGGUCGAGGACGCCAUUGCUAGGAAGCGGUCUAAGAUCUAG